CGAAAGAGAAAGCAACAAAUAAAGCCGGUGGAAUGAAAUAUUAAGGAACGGGAAAAAACUACAACGAAUAAACCCAACAAAAAACCGCUAAACCGCGAACGACGCGAGAGAUCGGUUGAGAAAAAGGUGGGAAAUCCAAGUCGAGACAAAAAAACAAAUUCCACAGAGAGAGAGAGAGAAAAGAGAAACGAACGCUGACGAUAAACGACAUCAUCGAAGACUAGAAAAAGGUGGGAAUAAACAUUCCUGUAAAGGUUCUUCCACAAUACGCGAAGAAACCGCGAUAGAACAGAGCAGUGGAUAAUCGAAGAAGGAUAAAACCGAGCGCGAGUGUAUGCUGUGGAGUGAUUAUUAAGCAAUCAUCAUUGCUUCGCACGCCGAAAGGUGUACAAGCGCGAGACGGUGAAGCUAAAAAUAUUUCCUUCUACUCGCGGAAGUUCCGGAUAUCCGGACCGGGGUGCUGUUUGGUAAACCGAUACCCGUCCGUUAGAGAAGUGUGUGUUUGCUCGGUGUGAGCACGUCAUUUUUGUGGCAAAAGGCAUUUUAAGUAGCGUUGACGGUGCAGUGUUGUUUUACUGUGGUGUAAAUCGUUUUUUUUAUCUGCGUGAUUUGAGAAGUAUUGUGUUAGUGAUCGUUUACACGCGCGAAUUCAAUUAUCUCUGCAAAGCUCGUUGCAGUUUCGUGUCGAAACCCAAGACAUUCAGGACGCUGCAGAGAGAGAACGCACUGACCAGAAUUUUAGACGAGGACUAUGUUUUAACGUAUAAAUGACUCCAAUGGGAAGAAGAUUUACACGUGGCAGUAUAUUUACUGAUUGCCCGAUUGAACCAUCAUGCACUAACGGCCACGGUUCCGCUGGGAAACGCAAGUCAACAGUACUAACAGCGACGACAUCGAGCAGAGUGACGAGUCGGACGAUGCCCGGAACGACGAUGGCGGUGCGCAAACAAACGGUUACGACCCGGACGGUGCUGUUGUGUUGCUGGUGUUUGCUACUCGCAACGACGGCCUGCAGCGGUCUACCCAUCACCUCGAAGCCACUGGACAACAAUCCGGACCAUUUGACGUGGGAGGCGGCGUGGCUGUCGGAGGACAGCCGAGGGGCACCACCACAGCCACUCGGGGGGAAGUCGAAAAAAAUCACCCCCAAGUCGAUAUUCAUCACGCCGUACCUGAACAGCUACAACACCUCGGCCUGCCCGCCCGACUAUAAGGUCGACUACAACGGCAAGUGCAUCCAGGUCGUGAGCAUCAACCCGGCGGACAUUCUCGUGACGAAGCUGCAGAGUUUGUUCUCGCAGAACGGUGACACCGGCAGCCCUGGUGGGGCAGGGGAGGACGAUUACGACUACGGUGACUACGAUUCGACUGGGCCGUUCCAGGUGAAUCUGCCACUCAGUAUCGAUUUGGCACCGGAACCACCACAACCACCGCAAGGCGGUCCAAAGCUCACCUACCAGGACAUUCCCGGUCCGAGCUUCUACGACAGCGCCAUGGUGGACGUAGCGACCGUGGAGCAAGACAACGGGAAGAUUACGACCGUAUCGGUGACCGGCAAUGGUCCAGAUAAGCCCUUUCCUGCGACCACCGUUGCCAAUGGCAACGGGAAAGAUACCACAACAAGCACCACCACCACCACCUCCAGUACCAGUUCCAGCUCCAGCUCCAACGCGGAUCAAACCGUUGCCGAAAGUCACACUGACAUAUCCUUUCUUGCGUUCGAAACCCUCCCCAACGGAACGCUGGCCGGUCAGAUCGAGCUGGACGGAAACAAUCGCACGGUGGUUCAGAGCAUUUUUGUUUCGUCCACAACCACAACGGAGCGUCCAACAACCACGACCGGAAGCAGCACGACGGAGUCUACUGCCACCAGUGUUGAGCUGGAUGGUUACUCCGGUACGACAACUGAUCGCAAUGGUGCGACAGUUGAUACUGAUGCUGCUGUGGCCAGUAGUUCGUUGAGCAGUAGUACGCCAGCCCAGAUGACAACAACCACCGUACAGGGUGAGAGUACAACCGUUACGGAGCGGCAGGAUGAAACAUACCCAACGGAUAUCGUCAAUGCGGGGACAACCGGUGGCGUAACAACUACAACUACCAUCACCACCUCCGCGACCGAACAGGACGAUGAGCUGGAUGAUUUGAAACUAGAACUGGUGGACGAAAUGCUGCUAAUGGAUAACAACCGUAGCACGAUCGGAAGCAGUACUCUUCCCGACACCUCGACGACGGAUGUGUCCGAGAUGAUGAUGGACCUCGACACGCUUCCCACAGCCGAAACACAACCGUCCGAUGAGCAGCCGACUUUAGCGAACUUCCAAAAGGAGUCUUCCACGACGGAGCGUCCAAACACGGUCGCUCCAACGAAGUCCCCGGUGGUUCAGAUCGUGACACCGUUGCGGAAUAGUUGGCUCGAGUAUGGAAACCGUGGGGGAGAAUCGCUGGCACCUGCGCCGCACUUAGUGCCGGCCAGUCACAUCAUCCAGCAGGAUCGUACAACACGGGCGACUCCGGAAACAACCACGGUGCCGUACGAACGACCACCAACCAUCAAUGUCACGAAUGUGGUGCAAACCCCUUCCACGGAGCCAUCGGUUUCAACGCGGGACCGCGAUGUUCUACAAGUACGUCCGCUUGUGACCACUCCCGCCAGCAACAACUAUCUCGAGCAGCUGCGCAAGAUCAACGAGAUCGUCGCCGAGAAGCGACGCCAACAGCAGCAGCAGGAACAGCAACUGGCCGGCACGGGUCACGGUGGUGAUGGUUCGCGGAUACGAUUCCCUUCCCGCGACGAAGAACAGCUUACGGGUGCCGCGAGUAACAACAACUAUCAGCGCACGUCAAACGCAUCACCAAACGUCUUAGGAGGAGGAGGAGGUGUACGGUUCCCCGGUUCGGCCACAAACCGUCUAACACCGAAUCGCUUACCGGAUAUCUUCCCGAAGAAAUCGCCCGACAGUACGACGCAGCGACCCGCCUUCUGGUGGCUACCGUCCGGCUGGGAGGUCGAUCAAACCGGUAACAAACCGAUGCUGCUGCGCUUCUGGUCCCGCAUGCCGCUGGUACGUGACGCAUCCCAGACGCACGACGGAUCCGCCACGGCCAACGAGAACGACCUGUCUGCCGGCACGGGAACGACCAACAACAACAAUCGGUGGCGUUCGUCGACCGGUUUCCAAUCCGGAAACAGCUUGCCCGCGGCAGCAGCAGCAGCAACGACCGGUUCUGGGACAUCACGAGCAGCCUCCUCCCACCCGGUUGCAUCCGCGAGAGGCAACUCCAAGAGUCCGAGCGAAAAUUUCUACAAAGAAGUAUCCGCCCAGGAGGUGUACAAGGUGAUGAACGCACGACAGCUCCACCACCAUCAGAAGAGAUAAGCGAGCGGACACCCGAUCCGGCCCCAAUCUGAUGCCACCCUGACGUGCCGUGACGACGCCUUGGCAGAGCGAAGCAGUGAGACAACAACAAACCUAGGGGUUCCCGGUUCCGGUUGCUGUCUGCUGAAACGGCCCGAGCGUCACAACGAGCGCUAGGGGAGGACGCAUCUAACCUUAACCAAAGUCCAACAGCAGGCUACACGCAGUCCAGCUUUAAGUAUUACAUAGUGUCCGUGUCUACCAGCGAAAUCGAGAAAAAAACGAACCUAUCCCGGGUCGGAAGCUAGAGCGCAGGAGGUCCUUCUUAGUUCGUUUCAGUGUCGCCUGGUGGUGACCCAGAGGGGUUCGGUUUUGGUCUGUACAGCCGGAUGAUAGCAUAGCCAGUCUCGGAAGUUGUCGAGGACAUUGGAGGGACAGUCGAAAACCCGAAGCUACUACUUAACCAACUCCCUUAUCCGUAGAGGGAGGGAGUAUUUGCCAAGUGUCAGGUCGCUUUACGACGCGGGUCCUUGCUUCCUUCCAACGCCCAACGCGCAGUGUUGUGUUGUAAGUUUAUCUGUUUUAAUUACUCCUAGCGUUAACACACUGACUCUUCGGCCCGCAUCGUCUGAUCUUUCCGAACCGCCGGGGCCAAGGAACCGAGGAGCUCACGAGCGAACGCACACACGAGCGAAGCGCGGCGAUCUUUUGUACAAUAGAGUUUGUUUUUAAGUUCUCUCCGUUACUACUUCCUCCCUGUUAGUCUGUACGCAAGUUUUUUAGUAAGCAACUUUUUAAACCUCUUCCCCAUAAUCUUUACUUCCCCACGCUUUUUUAUCAACUACCAUUAGGAACCAGCCAAUCUGUGAUAUUGUGUUUCAAAGUUGCUUUCUUAUCUGUCGUAAGAACAUUGCACCUUUCACGCCACCCCCCAAACACAUGCUUUGCUUUACGAAGCAUUCCUUAGUUCCGAGUUCCCUCGUGUGCGUGUGUGUAUAAACGCGACGCUCGAAAGAAGUAUUUUUGCAUCUCUGAAAAAUACCAACCUUUCUACAGGCGUCGUAAAUGUAAAAACACUGAAUUUGUGCACGCAUUCUCGCACCUUACGAUGUUAGUUUCGUCUUUUAUGUGUGCGUUCCUCUGAGCCAAACGAAAUUCGCAUUCGGUUUUUCCACCCGCGGGCCAAUUUUAAAAGAAAGCCGUUUCGAAGGACAAGAUCAGGUGAUUGUUAGGUGUCUGUAUAUGUGUAUGCAUUUGUUUGAUGUCCAACGUUACGCACGUACCAAUCGUUGCAAUCCCAAGAGAAGAGGGAUGUUAUAUUAGUGGACAUAGGAAAGUAUUGCACAAAAUAAUAUUCAACCAAUUUAUACUUAAAGGUUCAAGUAGUAGGAGGGGGUGGCCUUCGAUUCGGAGGGUCGCCGCACGCAUACACACAGACGAGUGCACAUUUUUCUCCACCCCCCAGCUUGUGGUGAGGUUUCGAUAGUUAAGACACCCCCCCUACGUUAUGCAACUGCAACCUCUUUCUAGUACCUUCCCGAUCUUGUUCUGUCCCCGACAAAAAUUGUACAUAUAGCUUCGGUAUAGCACUGUAUACUGUAUUAUGAGCAUCUACGCCGUAGAGUUUUUUAGCCUUAGAAAUUAUGUAUUUAGACACAACUUUAUAUCUACAUAUACAGAUACGAUAUGAUGAUAAAGUCUACAACGCACAAACUCGAUAUUUUUUACUCGCAGUCACAUCAACUCACCAGUGGGAUUAUAAACAUUUAAAACAGGGACACCGGCAUGAUGCCCCGGAAGGAAGUUACUUACACGUCGGUGAGGGGGAAAACACACAUUUGUCCACACACAGGAUAAGCUUUAGCUUUCAGCAGCAAGGAUAUUAGUUGUUCUCGAAACAAAUUCGGUCUGUCGUUACUUAGUUGCACUUUGCAAAACAAUGCUACAUUUGAACCGGUUGGACACUGACUAUCGAUCACUCCUUCGCCAAACUACUAUAUUGAUAGUAAACAUCUACCC